ACCACAGGAGAGGAGGGCCAAGAUGGCGGAAGCGGCGGAGUCUCCCGGGGAUCGGGAGACAGUAUCGCCCAGGCCCCUGUUUGCAGGCCUUUCAGAUAUAUCUAUCUCACAAGAUAUCCCAAUAGAAGGAGAAAUCACCAUUCCUAUGAGAUCUCGCAGUCGAGAAUUUGACAGCUCCACAUUAAAUGAAUCUGUUCGGAAUACUAUCAUGCGUGAUCUAAAAGCUGUUGGAAAAAAAUUCAUGUAUGUUUUAUAUCCUAGAAAAAGUAACACUCUUUUGAGAGAUUGGGAUUUAUGGGGCCCCCUGAUCCUUUGUGUGACACUUGCAUUAAUGUUGCAGAGAGGCUCUAUGGAUGGUGAAAAAGAUGGAGGGCCCCAAUUUGCCGAAGUUUUUGUCAUUGUCUGGUUUGGUGCAGUCACCAUCACCCUCAACUCAAAACUUCUUGGAGGAAAUAUAUCUUUUUUCCAGAGCCUCUGUGUGCUUGGUUACUGUAUACUUCCUUUGACACUGGCAAUGCUGAUAUGCCGUCUAGUUCUACUGGCAGAACCGGGACCAGUAAACUUCAUGGUUCGGCUUUUUGUGGUGAUUGUGAUGUUUGCCUGGUCAAUAGCUGCCUCUACAGCUUUUCUUGCUGAUAGCCAGCCUCCAAACCGCAAAGCACUUGCUGUGUAUCCUGUUUUCCUGUUCUACUUUGUUAUCAGUUGGAUGAUUCUCACCUUCACUCCGCAGUAAAUUGGGAAGCAGUAAUUUAAAAUCAGUGAACUUAAGGCUCAUUGGAAAGAUACCAUUCACCACGGAACUCUGCCAUUAGCCCUUUUGUCAGUUUUUGAAGGUUAUUAAAAGGGAACCAUGCAGCACUAUUGUCAUUUAUGUAAAGGAACUCACAUUUGCAAGACUGGCCUUUCCUCUUAAUGUUACUUCUCUUGAGUACAUGUACAUACUACACACAGUACAGUGCCUCCUUAAGGCAUGAUGAAGUCACUGUUCCAUUUGGAUAACAGCUAAUGACUUAGGAAGAUCAUGGAUACAUCCUACAAAUUGAACAGAAUUGGUGAUUAUUUUCAGCUUUGAGAAAAUCAGUUCAGGUGCAGCUCUUAAAAGCAUUGCCUUAUGACUAUUAGAAUAUAUUUCUUAUCAUAAAUAAGAAUAGAUAAUCUAUAUCCAUUUUCUUUUAUUUCUCUUUUUAUUUAAAGAAAGACAAAACAAGAUAGAAAAUGGGCAGAAAUAGUACAUACUUUCAAAGAAAAGAAAUAGUAAUAAAUCACUAGCUGAUGUAUACAUAUUGUCCCCCUAUAAAUAGUUGUUCAAGGUACACAAAUGGAACAUAUAAAUGAGAUUUCAACCAGGGAGACUGCAAACAGUUCUGUUUAACUAUCCAACAAAAACUAAGUAUUAUGGCUAUCAACCCUAUACACUUAGACAUCUACGCGUUUAUCCAUGUCUUCAUUUAUGUUGAGACCUAACAGAGCAUAUUAGAUUAAAAUCCUUCUGAACAAAGAUUAAUAAUAUUGCUGGAUUUCACAUCAUAACACUCUGGAAUCAGGAUUGGGUACUGCAGUGCCAGUACUCAUUUCUUUCAUAGUUUUUGUUCAUUUCAUCAUAUGUCAUCAGAUCAGUGCUCAUAAACUGUUGAUACGUUUUACGUAAGCUUGAGUCUCAACAUGUAUUUCUAUCCUUUCUGUGUUCGAGGGAAAAACAUAACAAAGCAAGGCAGAACUAAACUUUUUCCUAUAGACAUAUAAAACUAAAAAGAGAUCUAAAUCUGCUGUAUAAGGAGUUCUACCAUGGUCACUGUGCUGUUUCUUGUUAUCAACAGAAUUGGCUAUAUCAUCAGAUAAAGUAUAAUUGAGCAUAUCAGUACAUAACAGAAUUAACAGAAAUACAACUUUAUAGAUAGUACAGAGCUACUAAUACAGGUAGUAAUCAAAUUGGUAUGGAUAUCAUAGUGAAUCAUUAUCAUUUUCGGUAUAGUUUGCACUCCUCAACUUGUUGCCAUCAACCUUACAGGUUUUGAAUAAAAUCUAUCAAUAAUAAGCAGCAAUCAAACAAGUCAGAUUUAACUAAGAUCAGUCAUGAUAUAACAGUAUAAGUCAUACAUGGAUACUGAUUGAGUUAAUAGGGAAUUAAAGAUGUCCCCUAUGCUAUGGAUAGCCGUCUGUGACCCUCAGAUCCAAUGCUUGCAUACAAACUAGGACAGAACGAGUUCCAACCCAGCAGAGUGGUGCAAGUAAUAGGGGUUUUAAUUCCUGAUACACUAUUAGCUAUAUCUUCUGCUGUUUUUUUUUUUUUUUUGAAGACUAUUCCUCUUUUACUCCCCCAGAAUGAACUAUUUUUGGGUCUCCCCAACACUCAUGAUUUUGUAUUGGGGGGGUGCGUAACCUGCUGUUUACUUAAGUGUUUCUGAACUUUCUCACUCCUGGGUUGGAUUUCUAGUUAUAUUUCUUCAUUUCUUGAAGCUUGUCUGUUCAACCUAUCCAUAUAUACUGGUCUAGUUACCCCUAUUACUCUCUGAUUGCCUGUCACAUUGAGUUCCAUUUUCUCAUGUUUGAUUUUGAUCCAUAUAACCUUCUUCAGGCUAAUUAUAUUUCCUAUGAAGAGCCUCUCAGUGGACCCUAUCUUUUUUUUUUUUUCUUUUUGUCUUUUUCAUUUUUAUCAGUACUGGGGAUCAAACUCAUGACCGCCUGCUUGCAAGGCAGGUGCUUAUGCUGCUGAGCUAAAUCCCCAGCCCCAGGUGGACCCUAUCUCUUGUUCCUCUCUGCCUGCUAUUCUCUAUUUUUUCCCUGAAGUUAGGGUAUCUAGGCCAUCUAUAUUAGGAAUUAUGUCCAACCUCUGUCUCAUUUCUGUUGAGCUCUUUUUCUGUCAUUAGUUAUGUUUGUCUUCUUCAUUUCACUUUCUGCUCCAUUCAUUGUGGCCUCUCUGUUACUGUUUUUGGAAUCUUGUUUUUCUCUUGUAGAAUGUCCUGCAGUAUUCUCUGUAGAGUUGAAUUGGCGGUUGCAAUUUCCCCUAGUUCCUCUUUAUCCUGGAAGCUCCUUGUUUCUCCAUUAAUUUCUAGGGACAGUUGUGCAGGAUAUAUCAAUCUUGGCUGGAGGUUAUUAUCUUUCAAAGCUUAAAUUAUUUCCCCCCACGCUCUUCAUGAUUUGAUGGUUUGUGCUGAGAUGACUGCUGUAGUUCUGAUGGGUGUUCCCUUGUAAGUGAUCUGUUUCUUGUCUCUGACGGCUUUUAAUAUUCCAUUCUUAUAUUGAAUUUCUGGAUAUUUAUAUUGGAUUUAUUGUAUGCCUGGGUGUAGUUCUGUUUGGGUUGUAGGUGGCUGGGGUCCUGUAUGCCUCAUACAUCUGAGUAUCUUUACCUUUUACUAAAUUAGGAAAAUUCUCCUGGAUUAUUUCUGUGAAUAGCCUUUGUAGUUCAUUUGUUUGUGUCCCUACUUCUUCCUUUAUGUUCUUAAUUCUUAAGUUAUAGAUCCUUUUAUCAUCUUCUGCCAGACAUUUGUAUUAUUGUUUGUUUCCUUGUUGUUUUUAAGAAGUUUUUCAUUUCAUGCUCUCACAUUACAAAUCUGUCCUCCAGUUCAGAUAAUCUAUCCUUAGUUUCUUUCAAGCUGUUAUGCCAGCUUUCAAUAGAGUUUUUAGUUUCCUGAUAAUCUCUUUGAACCUGCUUCAUGUAUUCUAUGUUUUCUCUUUUCUCCAUCAAACAAUUCUCUUUUUUUCUGUUCUUCUAUUCCACCAUCUGUUUUUUCUUGGACGGUGCUUAGCAUUUCUCUAACUAUUCUACUUAUAUCUUGCUUUACUUCAUUAAAUACUUGACUUUUGAACUUGUCUAUGAGGCUCCGGAGAUAAUUGCUUUAUGUCUAUUGGUGCUGUGUCUGAUAUUGCAUGUUUACCUUUCCUGGAUCAGUAUUCUCAGGACUGGGGACUGAGGACCCUUUCUUGUUGCCUCCUCUUUGCAUAUUUUUUGUUCCUUCCAUUCAGGCAUAUAUAGGAGGCCCAGUUUCUUUCUUUGUGGGUUACAGUUUGUUUGAAUCGCCACAGCUAGGUGUUCCUGCCCACUGUAAUGCACUAGGAAGAUAGAGACCUGGGCAGCCUCUGCUGGGCCCGUCCCUCCAGUUCAACCUACUGAAGGCUUCACUGCUAGGGUGUGCCCCCAGGCGCAGGGACCUGGUUUGGGCUAGCCUACUGGGUCUUAGUCUGUGGCGUCACCCAGGUCAGGCACUCCUCACCAAUCCUGCUUGAGAGGGGAAUAUGCGACUGAAGUCACUGUAGCGCCCUGUUCUGGCUAGUCUGCCCAGUCCCAGAAUGUCCUCUGUUGGAGCCUCCUUAUCUGUGGAGGGGUCCCCAUUCCUCUCAUUCACCCUAGGUCAAUGCAGGGCUCCCUGCCAGUCCCGCUCUCAACUUUGUUCGCUGAUUCCGCUCUCAGAGCUUUUGCGUCUCUAUCCCUGCUGUGCCGAUUCAGAUGCAGCUGCGGUGGCAGGAAAUUCAAAUCGUGGUUUCCAGAGGCACGGGUUCCAGCUUCGGUGCUGAGAUUUUAUGCAUUCCGGUCAUAGCACUGGGAUUCCAUUUUCCGUUGGUUUCUCUCAGCUUAGUUCGUUCCUGGGUCGGCAGGGUAUAUUUCCCCCUGUUUAGGACUCCCCACACCACACCAUUCCUGGAUUCUAAGCUGACUAUCUCAGAGCCUCUGUAGCUGCUGUUAUCUAUCCACCAUGUUCUUGCCUGAUCUUUUAUUUCUCUCUUUAAAGCUUAAAAAGGGCAUGGCGGAGGUUAGGGACAUGGUUCAUAGAUGUAGGAGAAAACACAUUAACCAAUACUCAGAUUUUGAUCAGAAGAAAUUCUAUACUUGUUGCUUUAAAAAAGAGCAAGGAACAUCUAAAGAGUUGGCCUCUUUGGUCUUUUUGGACAGCCACCUUUCUGUCAUGUUUAACAGCAACCAUUUGCAGCAAGCACUUGCAACUCUCUAGUGUUGUAUUGUGUUUUGUUUUAAGAUAGGAUCUUGCUGUGUAGUCUAGGCCAGCCUUGAACUCACUGUGUAGCUCAGUCUGACCUCAAACUGCUGGCAGUUCUCCCACUCAGGCUACUGGAUUCUGAGAUUUGAGGAGUGCAACACCACACCCAACUUUUAGUCUUUAAUUUUGUUCUCUAGUUCUGCAUAUGCAAUCUUAAGAUAUUAGUAGUUGACAUGUAAUUCUCCUUUGUCUGAAGUUUCAAAUGUUCAAUGUUGAGACUUAUCCAAGGAGACAACCUUAGACAUUUAUAUUGGUGUGUCUCUAAGGCAUAUUAUAAUUCCUGAAAGCUACAGUAGUUGUGAUACAGCAUACCUAGAAGGAACUCUUCAUUAUUUUAUGUAGUCUGGUCUUCUUUGACCAGAAAGUCAAGCUAAAUCAGGAGUUGGCAUUUAACCAAGUGAACAUGGAGGGAUUUUAGUGUUUUGAUGACUGAUUCAGACAAUAGGUAAGGCAUGACAUGAGUUGAAUUGAGUUUACAGCUGUUACCUUUUCAGAGUGGGCUUAGCAGUUUUUUUCACCAGAUGUGUUUUGAUUUGGGGAAUAGCUGUUUAUUAGUAAAGAAAGCUAAUUAGCUCUCUUUUAAAGAAAUACAUUUUGUACAUGUGCACCUAGUUGUACUCAAAUAUUUAUGCAUAAAGUGUGAAGGCUUUUCAGGGAACUAAGAGUCUGGGACAGGUUGAUUUUUUUUUUUUUUUUUUUUUUUUUUUGGUACUGGGGAUCUUGUGUUUGCCAAGCAGGCAUUCUUGCCUCUGAGUUAAAUUCCCAGCCAGCCGGGGCAGGCUGAUUCUAAGCUAAACAGGGCUCCUAAAGUAAUACGAAAUUAUACUUUAAGGAAUUUUGGGAGACAAAGAUUAGGAGUCAGGCAGAAGGUUCAUUGUAAAUAUGCAGUUAUCUAUAAAGAUGAGAAUUUCUUAUUCUACAUUCUUCAUCAUAGAGUCUAAAUAUUCAUUGAUUUUUUUUUUUUUUUUUUUUUUUUUUUUGGUAUUGGGACUGGAACUUGCAACCUCAACGCUUACCAGGCAGCUGCUGUGGCACUGAGCUAUAUCUCUGACUCAUUAUUUUGUGUUUAAAAGACUACCUGCAUAUAAAUUCAUAAUUUUAAGAAUGUAGUUUCUCUAUCCUCAGAAACAGUACUAAGCCAAAAGGAUUCUUAAAUGACAGUCAGUUAUAAAAACAUUACGGAGUUUGUCCUCUCUGUUCCAGCCUUGUCCAGAAUUUUUGGAUAUUGAUUUAUAGUCACUGUAAUUUUAUCCUUUUUUUUUUGAGGCAGGGUCUCUUUAUGCAGUUCAGGCUGGCCUUGAGUUCACUUCGUAGCCUAGGCUGGCCUCAAACUCGCAAUGAUCCCCCUGCCUCAGCCUCCCAAGUGCUGGGAUUACAGGCGUGAGCCCGGCUCUGUAAUUUAUCUUUUAAAUUGUAAAAUAAAUCCUUGUAAAGACAAAACCAGUAUUUCCUUGAGUGGGUAAAAAAAUUUUGAAACUAAUCCUAAUUUUGAAAUUGUUUCUAAAUUAUUUCUGUUAUCUGGAAUUUUCUAAUGUCCCAAUAAAAUCUCUCUCCCAAAAUUAUUUUGUAAUCUGCCCAAAAGGUUAAAAUGGAAAGUUAAAGAAAUAACUGUUUCAAAAAGGGAAUGAAGACUACCAAAGUUUACUCAGGUGGAGCGUUUUAUUAGAAAUUCCUGAGGCCACAACUUGGGGAGCAUGUGUGCCUGGAGGUGUGGAUUUUACAUAUUGAAUAUUAAGGCAGCUUGUUUUGUGUAUUAAUGUGUUGCUCUUUGGUGACUUGAAAAUGAUUUUAAAUGAUUAAAAUGAAGGCUUAGGGCCAAUGGUGACAGUUUAGGGUUAUAGCAGUUGCCUAGCAUAUGUGAUGCUCUGGGUUUAAUUCCUAUCACCAAAAAGAAGGUGGAUAAAUUGCAGGUUUAAUUAUUUUUUUUCUGAAAGUGAAUGAUCACUUAGAAGGUAUAAAUAAAUAUUAUUUUCCAAUGAAUGCAAAAAAGUGCAUUGCUUUCUGCAACAGAAGACCUGAGUAUCUAGAAGUCAUAAGCCUCAGCAACAGCUUUACCUAAUAUGCUAUACAGACACAUAGCUGGUUAUAGAAAUGGGACCAAAAGGGCAGCCAUUCCUGAUGGCAGAAAUCCUGAUGCAGGUAUUAGAGUGUUUCAUGCUUAAAAUGAGAUGCAGCGUGAGUGUAUCACUGCAGAACAUGGGGCGUCAUCACCAUCAUGGAUGCUCUCUUGCUGUUCUACCUCUGAGACUGAGAUUGUUUUUAUGUUCUUUAGCAAUACGAAGGGUAAAAACUUGGUUUCAUUUCUAUUCAAACUAUAAAAUCUGUUGGUAAUAACAUUUGAACAUACAGUAUGGUCUUAAAAUUCAACUGUGAAUCAUUAAGUCUUUAAUGAUUAAAAACUCUCUUAUGGAGAUUUUUUUUUUCUUUUCUUUCUUUUUUUAAAUUGUCUUUUUGAGACAGUUUCACUAUGCAUUUAGGCUGGCCUUAAAUUCUUUUUGUAGCCCAGACUGGCCUUGAAAUAAGCAGUCAUCUUGCCUCAGCCUCCUGAAUGCUGGGGUUCCAGGUGUGUGCCACCAUGCCUGGCCUUCUUAAGAGGUUUUUAAAGUGAGUUAAAUUUGAUCUUUUCAUUGUGAUGAGAUUUUUCUGCUGUUGGGCAAGUUACAAGGCUUGGGGCGGGUAAUCAUUUUAUUGUUGACUUUUUUAAAAAUAUAAACUAUCCUUCAAAAUGUGAUGGGAUGGCUAGCUAGCAAGCAUGUAUUUGGAGGUUUAAUUAUGUACUUUAUAUAUUCUGUCGAUUUACUGGAUUUCGACUGCCUGUUUAUUCCUGGAGAUAAAAUGAAAAUCUAUCAGUUCAAGUUUGUGGGUAAAAAAAUAAUUGUGGGUAACAUUAUUCAUUGGAAUUUAAAUAAUCUCAUGGUUUAAUAAGACAUGCAGGUAUUUUAGUCUUGUGUGAAGCACUGAAAUUGUCAUUCAUAACUAGACUUUAUUUCUGAGACAUUUGGUUGGAAAUAAAUAUAUGGAUGUUAAACCAUGUGUAUAAAUUAGAAAUACUUUUCUAGAUUCUGUGGGCUUUUAUUAAAAAUAGAGACUUUCUGGGAAUUAACUUGGGCCAUAGAAUGGCCAGAUUAAUAAUAAUAAUACUAAUAAUAGCUAAUAACAUUUAUUGGGCACUUACUGUAUACCAGGCAUUAUUCUGUUUUAAAAUAUUUUAAUAAUAGCUUUAUUGAGAUACACUUUGUCCUGAAAUUCACGCUUUUAAAGUGUACAAUUCAGUGGUUUUUAGUAUAUUCACCAAGUGACACAAUUAUCAUUGCUAUCUAAUUUUAGAACAUCUUUCUACCAUAAAGAAGUCUGGUCCCAUUAGCAGUCACUUCCAUUUCCAUUUCCGUCAGCCCCUGGCAGCCUCCUUUUGCUUUCUCUAUUGAUUUACUCAGCUCUAUUCUUCAGUGCUCCUCUUGACAUCAAGUGCUGCAGUUCUCAUUUUAGAAGUAGGAAAUUGAAGCACAGAAAGGUUAAGUAACUUGCCCAAGGUCACUUAGUAAAUUAAUUUGUGAUAAAAUUUGCACAUUAGAUGAGAACGUAGUAGGACCAAGUUUUUAAUUGCAUUUGUUGCAUAUAUGAAACAAACACACCCCUUCCCCAGGAUAUGUUCCCUUGUUACUAGCCUUUGCACCAUAGAACUGACUGGAGAUAGAUAACUGUUUUUUCUUUUUCUCAAUAUUAGGAAUACUGCAUAACAGGGGCAUAUAAAAAGAACACAAAAGCCAUUGUACAUGGGAAGAGUUAGGUUUGCUUCUCUCAUCCCUCCUCUCACCCUUCCUCUCACUCCAUUUCUUUCCCUUCCUUCCUACUGGCCACCACACAUGUGCAUCCCUUUUUCUUGAAAUCUGAAGGCUCAAACUCCCUUCUCUUUUGUUCUAAUUCUCCCAGAAGGAUAGUUAAUGCAUCAAACUGUAGCUUGUCAAUUUAGAAAAUGUAAUGGUGAAGGGAAGCAUCUGGUCACAGUGACAGUGGUGUUUAUGUGACUCAGUGAGCAUUCAUGUGAGAAGAAACUAGAAUGCUAUUCUAACGGCGAUAAAAUGACAUUUAAAAUAAAGGCUUCACUUUUUUGAAAUCAGUGUCCCCUGGUAGGAAGUAGCCACAUCCUGUUUUUUUUGUUUACUCUCAUUAGAAGCUUUUGUAUUCUGUGCAGUCACUACUGGUAUUCCCUUGGUUCUCUUCACUAAAGUCCUGGUCUUUUCUAUAAAUGACAGACCUGUGAAAAGAGGAAACCCAUACAUAAUUUGAAUGUUAAAUGUGUAAAUAAAAAAAAACACUAGAAAAGGAGAA